AGUAAAUUUAUAGAGAGGGAUAAAGGGUUAAACCAUUUUUUUUAUGACACACAAUUUGGUAAUGGAGAGUACUAGUUGGAAAUCUAAUGAGAUAUCACCAAAUUGUCCAAGAUGUGGUUCAUCCAACACAAAAUUCUGCUACUACAACAACUACAGCUUAACACAACCAAGAUACUUUUGCAAAGGAUGUAGAAGGUAUUGGACAAAAGGUGGGUCCCUCAGAAAUGUCCCUGUUGGUGGUGGCUGUAGAAAAAACAGAAGAGGUAACAACAACAACAAAAUCUUAAGACAAUCCUUUGAUUCUCUCACUUUCAAAAAUUCACCAAAUUGUGACACUUCUUCAGAUAACAACAACAAUAUCUCAAUUGGUCAUUGUUAUGAUCCUAUGAUGAGAAAUAUUACUAAUGUUUCAUCUUCUAGCUCCUCACCCAAUAUUGAUCUUGCAUUAGUUUAUGCAAAUUUUCUUAAUCAAAAGCCUAAUUGUGAAAAUUCAAAUCAAAUUCAAACAACAUCUUUUGAUAGUCCUUCUCUAGAAAAUUCAAUGCUAUCACCAUCCAAAAUUGUGACACAUUUUAGUGAAAGUAAUAAUAAUCAUGAAAUGUAUUGUAGUGAGUUCAAUUCUAUGCAGAGCUUUCAGAAAGAUGAUAGAAUUGAUCAUCAACAACAAUGUAGUAAUAUUCAUGAUGAUGAUGGUGGUGUGAAUUUUGAGCUGCCACCUUUGCCAGGUGAAGAGGAAUCAUCAGCACAUGAUGAUGUUUUGUGGUCCAAUUCUGAUGAAAUAAUGAUGAACCUUCCAUUUCAAGUCACUCAACAACCAACACCACUUCUUGGACCUGAAAUUGAUCAUGAUGCUGACUUGUUGAAUAUUGGUAACUGGUGCCCUUUUGAUUUUCCAAAUGAUGCUUCUUUUUCCAGGCCUUGAUUAAUACAAAAAAUCAAUUAUUUUUCUUCAUUUUGUUGCAACUUUUUUACUUUUUUUUUUUAUAUAUAAAAAAAGUUUAGAUGAAUUGGUUUCUACAGCUCCUUAGAGUCGAAUCAGGAUAGGUCUCAAGACUCAAACUUGCAUACUCAUUAUAUAUAGUUGUGUAUAGAAUAUGGUUGUAAUUGUUAUUACUACUAAAUAAUUUGAAGUUGUAAAGAACUAGUCUUUUUGAGACUAUAUA